AUGUGGCCACAUGGUGGUGGCUUCGGCUAUGGCUUCGGCUGGAACGAUGGCUGCGGCUGGGGCCACCCCGGCGUUCCUCACGGCAAGGGCUUUGCACCUGCGCAUUGGGCCGCGCCACAUCAUGCGCCACCUGGCCAGGGAGAGGGCAAAGGCGACAAGGGGAAGAGGACAUCGACAACCUCGUCCUUCAGAGCCCAGACGAUUCAGAGAUUGGAGGCAGACAACGAGCGGCUCAGGGGCGAUGCAUCCGACUUCGAGAGGCAGAGAAACGAGGCGCGCGCCGAAGCCGACCGCCUCCGCGCCGAGAAUGCGCAGCUGACCUCUGAAAUCUCGGCUAUCCGUCAGGACGUCCAGAAAGAGAGGAAUACAUCCACCAGGGACUUAAAGGAGAUCGUGGACCUCAAUAUCAUGUCCGUGAAACAGAAGACCGAAGAGCUGAGGCAACUCCAGAGCCGCUAUGACAUCGCAGAGCGUCAGCGAAAGGAGAACGCGACGGAGAUCGAGAAGCUCAAGAGGGAGGCUGAUGUGGCUUUCGGCUCUCGCGAGAGCUUGCGGCGUUCCUGGGAGUCGAGCAAAGACCAGAACGUCCGCCUCGAGAGCGAGCUCAAGACGGUGAAGAAGGACUUGCAGCAGUGCCAGGACGACCUGAAGAUCAUGUCCAAGAGCUUGAAGCUGGCCGAGAAGCAGCUCGCCGCGAAGGACAAGGACAAGGAGAAGGAGAAGCAGUCUGAGUCGGAGCCGUCCAGCAAGAAGCAAAGGAAGUAG